AGAGACCCUCACAGCCAGACAGGGCAGCUUUACGCACACACGCUUUGGAGCAGAGGGACUGACUGAAGAGCAGCUCUGUGCGUCAACGCUUGCUCCGCUUGCAGCUCACCGCCAUCGCCGUCAUUUCUGGAGGUUUCUCUCUUUUCCAUUUCGUUUUAUUUUAUUUUUUUCUUGCAACAUGGGCUCCGUGCUUCCCGCAGACGCUUUGGCUCUGAAGUCUGGAUUUAAGUGUCCGAGCCGCUCGUUGUCCGACGUGAUCACCUCGGACAUCCUGCACAGUUUCCUUUACGGCAGGUGGAGGAACGUGCUGGGUGAACACCUGGCGGAGGAGCGCCAGAGCGGCAGCAACAGCAGCCCCAAGACCGCCUUCACCGCCGAGGUCCUGGCCCAGUCCUUCGCUGGAGAGGUGCAGAAGUUGUCCAGCCUGGUGCUUCCCAGCGAGGUGAUCAUCGCCCAGAGCUCGAUCCCCGGAGAAGGCCUGGGCAUCUUCUCCAAGACGUGGAUCAAAGCUGGAACCGAGAUGGGGCCCUUCACGGGGAGACUCUUGUCCCCUGAACACGUGGACCUCUUCAAGAACAACAACCUCAUGUGGGAGGUGUUCAACGAAGACGGCACCGUGCGUUAUUUCAUCGACGCCAGUCAGGAGGACCAGCGCAGUUGGAUGACCUACAUCAAGUGUGCCCGGAAUGAGCAGGAGCAAAACCUGGAGGUGGUGCAGAUCGGCAGUAGCAUCUUCUACAAGGCUGUGGAGACCAUCCCACCAGAUCAGGAGCUUCUUGUCUGGUAUGGAAACACCCACAACACAUUCCUGGGAAUCCCUGGAGUUCCUGGGACAGAUGAAGAGCAGCAGAAGAAAAGCAGAAACGAGGACCCUCACAGCUGCGAUGGCUCUUCCUCCUGCUCCCCCUCCUCCACCUCCUCGUCCUCCGCCACCACCUCCAGCGGCCGCAUGCGCUGCGUCAUCUGCCACCGCGGCUUCAACUCCCGCAGCAACCUGCGCUCCCACAUGCGCAUCCACACCCUGGACAAGCCCUUCGUCUGCCGCUUCUGCAACCGCCGCUUCAGCCAGUCGUCCACGCUGCGCAACCACGUCCGCCUGCACACCGGCGAGCGGCCCUACAAGUGCCACGUCUGCCAGAGCGCCUACUCGCAGCUGGCGGGCCUGAGGGCGCACCAGAAGAGCGCGCGGCACAAACCGGUCGUGUCCAAUUCCGACGUGCAGUCCCAGGUGUCCCCUCCUCCCCCGCAGAUGACGGCCCUGCCGCACCAGAUGCCCCUGGUGCACCACAUCCCCACCAUGGUGCUAUGAUGACGGAAACGCGGAGGGACAGUCACAACGAUGUUGCACUUUAGAUUAGAGCCGUAGUGGAGAAAUAAAAGGAGCUCUCGGCGAAACAAGCCCCCAUUGAGGAAAUAAAUGACAGUGAAGCAUCUCACGGAGACAUUCACAUUUCUUCCCUUUGUUGUGUUGCUUGUUUCAUGUGGUCGAACAUAGAUACAUAAAGAUGUUUUAAUGUGUGUAAGCUGAAAUCUACAGGAAAAAAAACUAUCCAAAUCAGUUUGUAUCAGUGCUUCUCUGUGUAAUUAUAAGAGCUGAACAAGUGUCACUACAAAUGUGAGGCCAGGCUGACGUCCUCUACACCCGGCUCAGGUGUAGCUCCCCUCAGACGCUCAGCAGGAACCGAGGGACGUGGCCGCGUUGUUUUGACCACUGCAUCCGUCCACACUGUAAACUGGAAUCGUCACUUUAACCUUGUACAGACUGGGUGCUUUGGAGAACUUGUGUACUUGUAAAAUUGUAUUGUAUGCUCCUGUACAUGUGAAUGUAAAUACAUUUGUGCUUUCUUCUAUUCUAAAUAAAUGAUAUCAUAUUACGUA